UUGGUGAAGCUACUCAAGUUGACUGAGAACAACCACGCGAUGGUCGAAACGACUGAGGAAUUUCAACAGGUGGUGAGAGACUUCAAUCUCUCACCUCCGACGUGGUGGGACAAGAUACGAUUUCACUGGGGUGAAAAGAGCUGGAGUUGCCCGGAACAUCUCAUAUACCUAUGGGACGAUCUUCGCAUAAUCACUGGUCGAAAGGGCCAUAAGCACCCACUCUUCCCACUAAGGACGGAAUCCCUUCUCCUCACGCUACUUGCACACAAGAUCAUAGAGCAAGGCCUCGACACCGACGGAUCCAUAACCCCGCCGCACUGGAGCUUUCAGUGUCAGUUUGACAGGGCGGGACUGAAUGACGGGCAAAGCCCAGCUCUCAUCGACUACGUUCUGUGGUAUGGACACCACUGCGAGCUGGAAACAAAUAUGAUAGUCAUGAAGUCCAGCAACCCAGCCUCUGAGAGCUGGAAGUUGCUUGAAAAUAUGGCGCUCCUACACAAUACUCGCAAGCUCGCAAGGAAAGACGCGUCUAUCCAUGGUGUGAUGACUGACGGAUCAACAUGGAUAUUCAUGCAUAUCAACAAUGGGAGCCGGUAUAUGAUUGUUAAGACACUCUCUUGGGAUAAAGAGCAACAUCGGAUUAUCGGGCGGAUCGAAUACAUUGUCAGUAAGGCAUUUCAUUGUCACAGAGAGACACUGGCGCACUCUGCCACUCGGAAGAAUCCUGUUUGCCGGGAGUGCGGGCAUCACGCUGCGAAGAAGCCCGUCGUCGAGACGCUCGCUGAGAAGAAACUCAUUCCGACCAGUCGUCCGCAUCAUAACAGUCGCCGUGGCUGCCCCGUUGAGAAAAAGCCCGUUGCCAUGGCGUCCGAUGGUCCCAAACAUAGCACCCCUAUUCAUGCUAACUCGAAUGCAUUUUUCCAUUCGCAAAUGUUUUUCAUGCCCCUCGCCAACUGCUUCCAUGCCAGUAAUAAAACAAAGUGA